GCCAACAAGGUCAUACAAAUGUUGAAGUUAACAAUCUGGCAAUCCAUCAUACCAUGGAUACAAAUUUUCUUUUUCGACCAAGCGGCCUGACACUAUAUCGCCACAGACGACAGACUGCAGAGACCAACCCAGAUCAAAUUGUACCGGAAACAGCCAGUGGUCAACUUUUUUCUGUGGCUGUAGCUGGAAGCCCCAACUACCGUUACUCGUUGAAAAGCUCAACAAACAAGAAUGCCUUUACUGUCAGUGUCACUGGUGCAGUGUCUGUCGCACCCGGGUAUAAGCUGGACUAUGAGACAUAUGUUCCUGCGAAUAAUGGAUCCAAUCGUAUUAGGCUGGAAAUUACAGUCACUGAUAGCACUCUUCCACAAGGCAACAUUGUGAAGGAGAUUCUACAACCCGUAAUCCUGCUGGACGUUAAUGAUGAGAAUCCAGUGUUCACUAACGAGUUUGUUCCCUACCUGGCCACAGUGAACCUCGACUCUCCAGCCAAUACACUCGUGUACUCCCUCACAGCCAGCGACCCGGAUGAAAAAGCAAACAUACAGCUGGAGAAAGUCAUGGACGGAAGUUCUGACACCUACUUUGGUGUUGUCAUCGUUGGUAAUAGGGCAGAAAUAAAGCGCAUUGGUCAGGUACCAUUCCAGAACAAUCAGCAGCUGAAUAUUACAGUUCUUGCCACAGAUCGGAAUGGUGAUACAACCCAGGUCACUUCCGCAACUGUUCAGAUCUUGGUCGGUCCACGGGCUCCACAGUUCAAACUUGAACAAUUCACAUACAGGUUCCAGGAGGAUAAUGCUGUCAACCAAAGGAUAACAACGGACCUGAACCGCAUCAAGGUAAGAAGCUUCCAGAACAAUCCAGUGAAAUUCUGCAUCCUGGACGGCAACAGUCAAGUAAGCAAUUUGUUUGAAGGGCGCCUGGAUGCCCAGACAUCUGGUGACGUUACGGAGAGCGACCUGUACGUGCUGAGGUCCAUGGACUAUGAAGUGGAACCCAAGGACUUCAACCUGAGCAUCAAGGUCACCGAGGCUUUCACAGGGCUGUCCAGUACUGUCCCGAUGGUUGUUCAAUUGACAGACAAGAAUGAGUUUAAUCCAAGGUUCAGCAUUGCUACGUACAAAAACGAGACUGUGAGCGAAAACAUAGAUGUUGGUGCAGUUCUUCUUCAAGUUACGGCUACUGACCAGGACCUUAAUUCCAAAAUUUCCUUCAGUGUAAACAACGACCACUUCAGAGUCCAAGCAGUUGAUCCAAAUAGGAUGGAAAAUCCAUACACUGCAGACAUCAUUGUCAAUAAAGCCUUAGAUUAUGACAGCUUGCAAGUCAAACUGUAUGACUUCACUGUUACCGCCACUGAUAAUGGCGAUAUUCAACGCACUGGAGUCGCCACUGUGAGAAUUUUCCUUACUAAUGUCAAUGAUGAGAAGCCAGUGUUUACAGAAAACAUGACAGCCGAUGUCCGAUACAAUGCACCUGUCGAAACUGAAAUCUAUCAGGCAAAGGCCACAGAUGCAGAUGGUGAUGGUGUCAAAUAUAGAUUUGUUUCAAACUACCCAAAGUUUCAAAUUGAUCAGAAUUCAGGACGUGUGGUGCUUCAACAGAAAAUUGCUGACAGUCAAGACCAGAUCACUGACUUUGAGUACAGGCUGGGUAUUAUUGCCACUGAUGAUGGUGCUUGUUGUGGCAGUACUCAGACACAGUCUAGCACCAGCACUUUGACUGUCAAUAUUCUCACUGACAAUGCCGUAAGGCCAAGCUUUGAUAAUUGUCAAUUGCUGAAUCCAAAAGUUAAGGAAGAAGUGACAGAAGCAACUGUUAUUCAGGUUACUGCUACAGACACAGAUUAUGGCAAGAAUGGAAAGGUUAUAUACUCAAUUCGUGAGCAGAAUGUGCCAUUUGUUAUCAAUUCUACCUCUGGAGUGAUAACCACCAGUGCAAAAAUUGACAGAGAAAAAUUGACAGGCUCCAAAAUUUCAAUCAACGUGAUUGGUGAGGAUGGUGGUGGUCUGCAAGGAACUUGUCCUCUUUUGAUCCAAAUAGAGGACAUCAACGACAAUGUUCCAGUGUUUGGACCAUUGAAUGCCUUCAACGUCAUGAAAACUGCAAGUGUUGGAACUAUUGUGGACACUGUAGAGGCAACUGAUGCAGACAUCAGUUCGAAUGGGCAGAUUGUGUAUUCCUUGGAUAUAAAAAAUCAACGAUCCUCAAAAAAGUGUACAAUUAACGUUAAAGAUGUCAAUGAUGUCACGCCUUCUUUCCUCGGUAUUGAUGAGGAGUCAAAUUUCUUGGAACUGAAGUUACUAGAAGGUGACUACACUACCAGACCAGACGCUGGACAGACUGUCGACACACUUCGAGCCACAGAUGUUGAUGGGACCUCUCCAAACAACUUGAUUGUCAAAUACGAAAUUUUCUCGGACACCAGUGGAAAGUUCACCAUCAAUUCUCUGUCAGGUGUUUUAUCUACAAAAGCCGUGUUUGACCGUGAACUAGAGAAUGUGUACACAAUCAGUGUUAAGGCCAUUGAUGGUGCCCCAUCUGCGCUUACAAGUGACGGAAGUCCCAACACAGGACUAGUAACAGUUAAAAUAACCAUACAGGAUGUGAAUGACAAUAGCCCAACUUUUGAGAAGACCCUGUAUAACUUUAAUGUUGCUAAAGACACCAUUAUUGGUAAAUCAGUGGCAAGGGUCACUGCCACAGACCGAGAUUCAGAUGCUGUGCUAUCCUAUUCUAUUCGCUCUGGUAGCUCCAAUGUACCGUUUGCUAUUGUUGCACAAACUGGGGAUAUUUAUGUGGCCGGAGAAAUAGACUAUGAUCAGGGACAAAGGGUUUACACCAUGAGUGUUCAAGUGUCGGACUCCAUAUUCACCAGUUCGACCAAUGUGACGAUCAACAUUCUGGACUCCAAUGACAACCCACCUGUUGUCCAGGACUACUCUUAUACCAACAUCACUGAAAACGAUAACUCUGUGGUUGGAAAGCUUGUAACUAUCAAAGUUACAGACAAAGACAACAACGGGGUAAACACAUUUUUCUACAGUCUCCGUUUCUCAGACAGUCAAAGUCAAAAUUUCUUUGCCAUCAGUUCAAAUGGAGAUUUAAGGAUUAUAAAGGCAUUGGACAGAGAUUUCCCAGAUGGGCUUGCUGAAUUCAAGUUCACAGUUGAGGUGCGUGAUGCUCCGUUAGAUAAGAACCCCCUCUAUGGGUACGGUGUGGUCACUAUUCGACCCAUUGAUGUCAAUGACAAAGCUCCUGAAUUCCCAACGGAAGCAAUGCAAAUCACUGUAAGAGAGGAACAGCCACCACCUGUGGAUCUUGGAAAUGUUGGGGUCGUGGACUACGAUGACCCACUUCUGGACAAUAGCAAGUUUGACCUGGAGAUCAUAAGUCAAUCACCAGAGCCAACUCAGGUGCACUUUAGUCUGUCCGGAACAUCUAUUCGAACAAAUAGCAUCCUGAACAGGGAGAGAGUUAAUAAGUACUUCCUCACAAUGAAGACUGUUGAUAGAGGAACUCCCCAACAAACUGGUUCCGGAACGUUGACAAUUACUGUUGAAGACGUUAAUGACAAUGCACCAAAAUAUAAUCAGACUUACAAGUUUGUCCUGUCAGAGCACCAAACGGAAGGUGAGGUUGGUAGAAUCCAAGCCUUUGAUGCUGACAUUGGUGUAAACGCCGAGCUGACAUAUUUUAUUGAUGACGCCUCUUCCACAUACUUCAAAAUGAACCAGGAUCGGGAAACAAACCAAGGAGUUCUCACAAUAUGUAAGGCUGUCGACUAUGAUAACCAAGUCAAUCUACAAAGAAAUUUUACCCUUACUGCCGUUGUUGUUGAUGCGGAUCCCAAUCACAAAGAUCAGACCCGCAUUCAAAUACUUGUAACUGAUUACAACGACGAGAUCCCGACAUUUUAUGAAGAUCAGAAGUCGGUGACUGUUGCUGAAAAUGUUGCAGUAGGAAAAUCUAUUGCCCGAUUUAAUGCUUUUGAUAGGGAUGUGAAUCCAGAAUACGAGAAGUUUCAAUACUACAUUGCACAUGAUAGAGACAGGACCAAACGGUUUAGAAUCAACCAGAAUGGAGAGGUGUUUAUUGAGAAUCCUUUAGACUAUGAAACAACUUCAAUUCACGUUCUGCAUAUACUUGCUAUUGACAACAUUAAUGGGCUUCCACAAAACACAGGCACUGCUACGCUGAUAGUGUCGGUGACUGACAUUAACGACAACUUCCCAGACUUUAAACAGAAAGACCUGACUGGGAACCUGGUGGAGCACCAGCAGUACAACGACGAAGAGAUACUCAAUAUCACUGCAACAGAUGCCGACGGCCCAGGCAAUGGGGGCCCCUACCAGUUUGACCUCGACUGUAGCUACGAAGGUGGCUCUCCCCAGUGUAACUGCCAACUUUCGGGCAGUGGCUGCCCCAGCGGCAAUACCAACAACUUCAGUUUAACUAAGGAAAUGGCUGGUGAUAGCAACCGUGGUACUGCUAAGUUGAAGGUCACAGGAGAGUUCGACGGUGGCUUCGAGCGAGUGGUUAAGUUACCUAUCUGGAUGUGCGAUCUGCAAGGAUUGAACCGUUCAGACCAGCAGUGUGGCCACCGCUUCCUAAAUAUCAAAAUCAACGGCAAGGAUAAUAACACGCAACUCGACGCGGCAGAAAAAGAGAAAACAGAUGGACCAUCUCAAUUGGUGCUUGUAGGCACCAUCCUGGCAACCAUUGUUCUGCACGCCCUAAAACCGGUUUAA